AUUUUUUUUUUAUUUUCAGGGUACUGUAUCAAGCCUCCCGAACCCUACUAUGGCCGAAAAAUAGGACCUCUCUUAGAAUUUGCUCAUGGAAUUAAGGGCACAGCUUAUGCUGUCGAUGAAAGCACGAUAUUCCUCAAGGGAUUCUCCUAUGAUGGUACUGGUACAGACGCUUUCUUCUGGAUAGGAAAUUCCCCAAGACCCAGUCCUGAAGGGAUCAUCAUUCCAUAUCCUGAAGAUUAUAUUGGCAGAGAUCCGCCAGUAUUACGGGCUUACAACAACACAGACAUAAUCCUGAGGCUGCCAAUGGGGAAAAGAAUACGAGAUAUACGGUGGCUUUCUGUUUGGUGUCGGCGGUUCACGGUAGAUUUUGGCGAAGUAUUCAUACGUCCGAACAUAGAAGUACCCAAGCCAAGAGUGCUUCCUGAGUUCAAACGACUCGCUCACGGCCUCAGAUCCGACAACAUCAGCAUCCUAGAUGCGAAAACCUUCUACAUUCCUAAUCUUCAUUACGACGGAGCUGGGCCAGAUGCCUACUUUUGGGUCGGAAACGGCUCAGAGCCGAAUUCCUUCGGCAUCAAGGUGCCCAACGAGAUGGGGUCACUUGAUCCUUUGAGGGGCUAUCAAGGAGAAGAUAUAGAGAUACAACUUCCUGGCCUACUCACUGUCCAUGAUAUCGACUGGUUGGCCGUUUGGUGUGUCCAAUACAGGCACAAUUUUGGACAUGUUCAUGUCCCCAAAGACAUCGAUGUCCCUCCAGCACUUGGACAAACAAAAAUAUCUACUACAAGCACACCAAGAUCAACGCUACCAAGUAACUGUAGAGAAUUUUUGGACAAACGUUUGCAAGUUCGGUGGAAGCUCGAAGAAGAUUAUAUCGAUAUGAUACUGUCAGCUAGAAUCAGAGAAGACCAAUAUAUAGCAUUCGGGCUAUCUGGAUCUCAAGGCAAACCCCAAAUGGUUGGCGGAGAUGUCAUAGUGGCCUUUUACGACUCAGAAACCGAAUCGUUCCGAGCUGUCGACUACUACAUGUCCCACCUGGCCCAAUGCGAUGGCAAGCAAGGCGUAUGCCCUGAUGAGCGAAUCGGGGGUCGAAACGAUGUCACUGUCAUCUCCGGCUCCAGGGAGAAUGGCAUCACGACCAUCAAAUUCCGCAGGCCCCUGAAGACCAACGAAGCUAUCAACGACCAGCCGAUACCUUUGCAAGGAGAGGUCAGUGUUAUUGCAGCAUUCGGACCGCUGAAUUCGCUGAAGGAAGCCAAUGCUCACUCCGCUUCCGACAAAACCACUGAAGAUUUCAGGAUAAACUUCAACAAUUUCGACGAUCAUGACUGCACGAUCAAUUUGGAAGAUCUCAGCGAAGAAGGUGGACCAAAACCUUGGCCAUUGGCUAAGAUCAUAGGUGAAACUACUUUCAAUGCCAGAAUAGGCCCAGCCGGUGGCAAACGCGGUUAUACUUCCAUAACUGGCCUACCAUCAUGGGGUAUUGCUUGGUAUCUGAACGAUCUUCUUAUCCCAGAAAUCACACUGGAGAGAGGGCAGACUUACACGUUUGUAAUAGAGGGUGGCGAUGAUAGCAGUAAUCCAGCAAGAUACCAUCCGUUCUACAUCACGGAUUCCAUCGAAGGUGGAUACGGACAGAAGUCGGUAGACGAUCAGGCGAAACAGAGAAUUUUCGCAGGGGUGGACUACGAUCACGAAGGAUACCCUUAUCCGACGGCCGCUGGACGGUAUUGCGAGUGGGCCCACAAGAGCGUGGAUAAGUCCAACGAUUCGGAGACUUUCAGAACAUUCAUGGACACGUUGAGGUUAGAGUGCGAUCAGGGCGAGCCGGCUUAUUUCAACUGGACUGUGCCGUACGAAACGCCUGAUCUCUUAUACUAUCAGUGCUAUACGCAUAAUAACUUGGGAUGGAAGAUAAAGAUUGUGGAACCUGGAUACAUCUCGGAACAUAGCAGCAAAGCUGUGGGACUAAACAGCAUAUCUACUUUUACGUUGAUACAGGGGAAUUUAAUAUUAUUGUGCUGGGUUUUAGCUAACAUCUGAUUGUGAAGCUCCGUAUCUUUUGAUAGAGCUUUACCGUAAUGAAAUUGACAGAUGAAGGAUUUUAUUCCAUCUAACUAUAAUGGUGAAUCUUUGUAUCACCUCUAUUACGGAUGAGGUUCUACCUAACUACCUAUAUCUAUUCAUAUCAAUUAGCUAUUAUCAAUAUUACAUCUCAAAUUUUAUUUUUUAUAUUUCUGGAACGUCAAUAGGAUAAAUUGAUUCAAUUUACAUGAUUAUUACAACCGUUUUUAACGGGCCGUUAGCAUAAUCCAAAAUUAUAAUCUUCAAUCAUGAAAAGAGUUUCAAAAGCAUGACUAACAAUAUUGCAAGAUUGAUUUUCCUUCGAGUCAUUUUCAAUUCGAUAAAAACGCACAGCACACUGUCCAAAAUUAUGUUCGUCUCUACUAAAUUUUUAUCACACAUGAGGAAUAUACGGGGUGACAUUUAUAUGAACAAUAAGAAGGUCAAGCUGUGGUUCAAGACUGGCGCCGAAUGGCACCAUUUAAAAAAAUGGGGAUCACAAAACACACAAAAAAUAAUAUAAUGACACUUUCUGAUGAUUAAUAAUUCAAUAUUUUGGGAAUAUUCGUCUGACUGCGAUAUAUAAACGUAUUUCAAUAUAAUCUCGUAUGUAACAAUGACAUGUUGGUAUACAUCAGGGGAAUGAUAUGAUCCAUGUAUGAGCUUUCAUGCAACAGGUGGCAAAAUCCAGUCUGUUUCCUGAAAAACUAAGCAAGAUACAGAAGAAACACCAAAGGGACGAGUGAGUGGUAUUUUCAAGAGUUCAAUAUGAAACUAAGAAAAACCCAUAUUGGUGUACAAUGAUGAUAUUCCCUAUAAAUGUUAAUAAGGUGAUACGACACCAUUGGAAUUAUUACAUCGAAUUAAUAAGUUUAAUUGAAAUUGGCAAAAUGUUUGUAUAAAAACACUCUGAUUCCUUGUUUCUCAACACACCAUUAUUUUGGUUUUUCAGUUAGCUCAAUAUAAUUGUCAUUGAUUAGGUACCUACUUUUGAAAUUUGAGAAUUUUCUUUGUGCUAACGGACCCGUGACCCCAAAUUUCGAUUUUUUUCUCUUUGAAGCUCUUUGAAGAAUCGAAAAUUGGUAAAGUGAAAGAGCAUUUGGUAGAGACACUAGAAGGAGCGACACUGAAGAUAAAUCUGAUAGGUAUUUUUCAUAAAAUCUUACCGUAGGGAUUCUAUCGUAUGCUCUUUUCAAUAUCAACCAAAAAUAUCUGAAAGCAUUCGAAACGUAUCAUGUUAGUUCUUAUAGGAAAGAUGUACAUUUUAUCUACACUUAUAAAAAGUAAUUAUUAUAUAACUAAGCUGAAUAGUUAUUUAUUUUUGAAAAUAAUGUGAAAAAAUGUGCUUUCUUUUGUAACAUAUGACAAUAACAAUUAGGUUUAUAUUAAUGUUAAAGCAUUUUUUAUACAAUUCAUUAUGGUUGAAAAUGAUAUUGAUCAUAAAUAUUUACCUAUUUAUAUGUAUGUAUGUACCUACAUCUGAAAAGCCAGCUGAAGCAAAUAAAAAAGAAGGAAUUGUUGGCGACAGUUAAACAUUGGUAGGCAACAAAACAGUCGAGGAGUGUAUAACUUCUCAUCGAAAUACCAAAGUCGUGUACUUGAUCAACUGUCUACCAUAUAAAUAUACACUUAUCAUCAAUAUUCGGAUAAGCAAUCAGUGAUAGGUACCUACAUUUACAAUAUUUAUCAUGAUCAGAAUUUGUUAUAAUAAUAAAUACCUACCUAUAUAUGUAUUUAUGAUAUAAUAUUAUUACUUAUUAUGUAUGAGAUUGAAGAAUUACAAUUAGGCAAGGACACAAAUGCGUGAAUUCAAUUCAAAUGUGCAUAUAAUUGAAAUAUAGUAGGUAGUAACAUAACAUGAAGGUAUCAUUUUUUUUAUAAAAUAUGCUGUAAUAUUUCAGAAGAAAACCAUUUGAAAUAUCAAGUGAAUAUUUCUCAAUUUACAAUCGAUCCUAUUGUGAACUGGUGAGAUUAUUUGAUAUUACUCGUUGAAACACACUUUAAACAUAGGUAUACAAAACAAUCUAA